UUCCUCCAAAAAAAACCAACAUGGAAUCGCUUCAGUGUCAAAUUUGUAGCAACUUUUUCCAAGACUUACAGUUAUUGAAUGAUCACAUUGAAACUCAUACAAAAAAGGAGCUUUAUCAAUUUGGUGUGUCAUUAAAAAACUACUUAGAGAUAUUGAUACGUGAAAAUACAGUGCUGAAGGCACAAUUUAACCAUUUAAAACAAACUCAGAUUCUAUCGACAGAGGACCAGUUUUCGUUGUAUAAUUCAUUUAAUUUAACGCCUUCUUCCAAAGAGGACCAAACCGAGCUAGUUCAUAAUGAAAAGGUACCAGUUUAUACUAUGGCUGAGGAGCAGACAGUUCAGGAUGAUGGCCAGUACAGGCAACCAGAAUAUGUGCAAGAGGUCACAGUACAGUCUGCUGAAAAUACAGCAGAACCUCAAAAUGAGCCAGAGAAUGUUUCAUUAAUUGAUCUCAGUCAGGAAGAAAUGAAUAAAAAUGAUGAAUCAUCACCAAAAGUUCUAGAAUCUGAAGAUGAAACAAUAAUAUGCUGUAUUUGCAAAAUUACUUUUCCAAGUUACAAUUUAUUGAAUAACCAUAUACAGACACAUAUUGAUAGUAACAGUUUCGCUUGUCCAGUUUGUCAAAAAGUUCUCAAUUCUCGCAAUAAUCUGCUUGUUCAUAUCCGUAUACACACUGGGGAAAAGCCGUAUAAAUGUCACGUAUGUGGGAAACCUUUUACUCAAUAUGGAACACUUUAUCGUCACAAGAAGAAACAUGAAGCAAAUGGCGAGUAUGAGAAACCCGGAACAUCACCAAGAGGUGGAGAUCAGAGUGAUGCGAAGUCAAAUCACUCUACAAAGAGCACAGAGACUGCUGAUUCACCAGUUAUCGUUGAAGAUUCUCAAAAGCCAGGCUAUCCCACAAUGCAACAGCAACAGUUAUCAUAUCCACCAAAUGUUAUGUUAUCGCCAAACACCUCAUUGGAAAGUAUUCUUCCGCAACAAUUAUUGGCACAGGAAGGAAUUACCCCAGAACUGCUGGAACGUUAUAAUCAGUUGCUCUUCCAGAGACCACCAAAUCCGAUGCAGAUUUACGGACAAGGUGGUACCAAAGAAGGUUCAUGGCCAAAAACCAGUGAAGCAUCCGAUGAACAAAAAUCAGCAAUACCAGUACCACAACCAAGACCUGAACAUAUAUCUGUGAACUCGUUAGAGACGCUGCCAUGGGCUAUAAAAAAAGAGCAUGAAAAGAAUGAAAAGGAAAUAGAUUUGAGUACUAUCACGGAAAGAGAAUCAAUCGACCAGCAACAUCACCAACAUCAGCAGUCACAAUAUCAGUAUAUGUAUCAUGGAGAAAACAACACAGAAUCAACUAGUUCUGAAACCACGACCAAACAACCGGAACCAGCACCUGAGAAAACCGAGACACAUAUACAUAGUCCAUUGAAUAUACCUCAAAUUCCUCCACGAGUUCCUCCCAGCUUGGAUGUAACACACCCAGAGUAUUCUUUGAAUUUAUUAACAUCACAGGCAGUUCUAGCUAAUCCAAAUUAUAUUUAUCCUGGCCAGGAAGGAGGACAGACACAAACUAAUGAUGUUGCAGCCUUAGAAGAACAAGCUAAGAAGGAAAAGCAACUUGUGGAAGAAUGGAAUGCUGCAAUGCAAGCACAGGCCCAAGCCAACGCAUUAGCAGUUCAGCAGUUUCAACAAGGACUACCUCCGAACACGAUAGCAGAAAAUCAAAAAGAUUCCAAAUCAAUGUCAAAUAACCAAAUAUUGGAAUCCUUUACUAGUUUAACUAAAAACCUUCUUCAGAAAUUAGCACACAAGAAAACUGACCCUGGGGAAGAUGAUGGAUCUGUAGAAAUGGGAGAAAUUAAAUGUUCCGUCUGUCAAGUCUCGGUUCCAUCCUAUGAAGAGAUGAGAGCUCACAUCAAAACUCAUAAUAAACACACAUGUGAUGUUUGUCAAAAGAGUUUUUCAACACCAUUUGUUCUGCGUCGCCACAAAAUGAUACACACUGGUGAACGACCUCAUGUUUGUUCCGUAUGUGGAAAAAGUUUUAUUGAGAAGCAACACCUUACCUGUCACAUGAGAACACAUACAGGAGAUAAGCCUUAUCGGUGUAAAUUCUGUCCAAAAAAGUUUGCACAGAGGAGUAGCUUGCAAAUUCACCAAAGAGUUCAUCAAAGAGCAGACGGCAAAAGGUCAUCAACUGAGGAGGGAGAAAUGAAUGAAAGUUUGAAUACUUCAGCUGAAAUAGAAUCCUCCCCUGAUUCUAAGUUAAGUUUGACGGAGCAAAAUAUCAUGGAAUUACGGAGAAGACUGAGCUUUAAUGAAGCAGAUUUACUCAGAUUUAACCAAAAUCUUGCUGCACAAAGUAUUGAAAUGCUUCGUCCUAGAACAAAGAGUAUGGAAUAUGGUCCAACUUCGGAACAAAAAGCUUACUGGGAUCCUAAUCUACAUAAUGUUUUUGUACCUCCAUCUGUAGCCAAUCCUGAUGAAAAUAGAGAUGCCCUUGAUCUAACAUUUCAUAGUAGAGAGAGGGAGAGAUCUAUGUCGAUUAAUUCUGAGGGAGCUCCACCUACUUCGCAAAGUAUAGACUUAAGCAAGACUGUGGAUUCUGGUCAACCAAUCGUCAUUCCUAAUCCAACAAGUGUGUCUUCACCAAUAAGACUUGAAACUGCAAGAUCUGCUGAUGCUGAAUUUGAACAGAAGCUGCAAGAACAGUUACUUCGACAUGCACAUGUGCAGCAGCAGACCAAAGCACAAGUACAACAAGCACAGAAUCAAGCAGUUUCACAGGCUGAAGCACAAGCUCAGGCUCAAGCCCAGGCCCAGGCCCAGGUUGAUGCAAUAGCACAAGCACAUUCUCAACAAGCACAGGCACAGCAAAAUCAUGAAAAUGGAGAAGAAGAGGAUGAGGAGGGCGAGAAUCAAGAACCGACAUCAGCUUCCUCUCAGGGAGAAGGUAACAUGUUUCUACAGAUGGCUAAGGCGGGAGAAUCUCCGUUCACUUGUCACGUUUGUGGAAAGACACUAAGCACACUGUAUACACUGCGUAAUCAUAUUCAGAACCAUUAUGGUCAUAAACCGUUCAGCUGCGAUGAAUGUGGUAAAACAUUUAGUAUUAAAACACAUCUUAUUACACAUAAACGUGUGCAUACUGGAGAAAAACCAUACAUCUGCCAGUGUUGCGGGAAACAUUUUCAACGUUAUAGCGCUGUUCAACGUCAUCUUCUGUUUGUUCAUAAAGUUGAAAAGGGACUCAAAGGUAGAGAUUACGUCAUUGUUCACUCUGAUUCUAUGAAAGAUGACAUUUUACAAGAAAUCAAAGAUCACGAAGAUGGACACGGUAGCGAUCACGAACAUCAAGAGUCUGAAAAUGAAACUGAUCUUGUAAUGCCCCCCGCUUCAACCAGUCAAUCAUCAAUCAAAAGUGAGCCAGUGGUGGCUCCUCCCAGAAAUGGACUAAAUACUUCGUUAGACGAAAGUGAAUCUGAAUCUUCGGGUGGUAAAGAGGAGAUAAUCGAAUGCCGCUGUACAAUAUGUAAUAUUUUGUUUAUGGAUCAUGAAGCUUUAAUAAAACAUCUUGGGAUCAUGCACACUGGAGGAAAUAAUAGAACGUGUGAAAUAUGUGGCAAGAAUUUUACUGUGCCUUUCUCGCUUAAGAGACACUUAAUGAUUCACAUGGGUAUAAAACCCCAUAAAUGUAAUGAGUGCGGCAAACGAUUUACCGAAAAACAACACUUAGAGUCACACCAGCGUGUCCAUACAGGGGAGCGACCUUUUAAAUGUCAUAUUUGUCGUAAAGUCUUUUCACAGUCUGGUACCCUACAAAACCACCUAAAGAAACAUGUUGAAGAGCCACAGGCAUCAGGAGAAAUGAGACAAACAGCCAGUCAUGAACAAUUUCUAAAUAAUAUUCAAUAUCAAAUGAUGCUGGCACGAGCUCAGAUGGCACAAGCCCAGGGAUUGGAUAACCCUCUUGCAUUGUCACAAAUCAUACCUCCUGGAGUCGACAUGCAGCAUGUGUCUUCAGCAGGAUUAGUUCAGAUGAGGUCAUUAAGUGUUGAUAGUUCAGUCGGAGUAGCACAACCUGCCAAAUCACCUGGACUUGAUACUAACGUUGCAGCAGCAUUAGCAUCUAGAUCAAUAAGUGUCGAUAGCGCCAUCGCAUUACAGCAGCUGCAAGAACAAAUGCAAGCAGCUGCUACCAUGGAACGUCAGAUGCAGGAACAUUUACAAGCAGUUGCUAAUGCUGAACGAGCAAUGCAGGAGCAGAUUCAAGCGACUGCCAAUGCCGAACGUCAAGUUCAGGAGCAACUGCAAGCAGAACGUGCAGUCCAAGAACAGUUACAAGCUUCAGCGAAUGCCGAACGGGCUUUGCAAGAACAGAUGCAAAAUUCAGCCAAUGCUGAACAUGCUGUUCAGAAUUCAACUAGGGAUGAACAUGUGUCAGCAGAGCAUGAAGAAAAUGUGUCCAAGGAACAGAAGAAUAAUCGUUCAAGGAAUGAACAUUUGCACAAUAAUACAGACACUAUAGACAAUUCUAAUGCUGGUUCCAAAGCCACAGUAGGAGAAUCUCAUCAGUCAAUGGAACUGGACAGGGAACCAGAUAAAUCAGAGCAGGAAACAGUCAUAUCUAAUGAUGUUGAAAUGACAGAAGUGUCACAAGGUUAAACAUGAAAAAUUGUAUAGGUUUUUUAUAUUUACAUAGUUAAGACGGCUCUGUCUAUUGUCAUGACAGCACAAACAAUGUGGUACAGAUGAAAAUUGUUAAUGUUUAUUGUUAGUACACCGCUCUGAAAUAUUUUUCAAUAUGUUCAAAAGGUAUUACAUGAGAGUACAAAAAUGCACCAACAAUUUAUUUUUUUUUGGAGGGAG